GGUAUCUUUUAUCGUUAUCGGCGCGGUCACUCUGGGCUCCACGCCAUAAAGUUCCUGCUUUUAAUUUUAAUUCAUGAUUUUUUGGUAACUUUGACUGCAAUUUGGAGAGCGACGCGACGAGACGCCCAGGAAGCCAGAAACGAAUAGCCAAAAGGAUCUGAUCCCCACCAGCUGAGCGCCCCAAAAGUGAGAGAUAAACUGCCAAGAUGAGCAUACCGAACGAGUACAUAGCGAAAACGGAGGAUGUGGCGGAACAGGUUAUCAAGCGCGGCAAGAAUGUGCUGCCCACGGUGGCCCGCUUGUGCCUCAUUGCCACCUUCUUCGAGGACGGCCUGCGCAUGUACUUCCAGUGGAACGAGCAGCGCGAGUACAUGGACAUGAGCUGGGGCUGCGGCAAGUUCCUGGCCACCGUCUUUGUCCUAGUCAACCUGCUGGGGCAGCUGGGCGGCUGCGGUAUGGUGAUGGCCCGCUUUAAGGUCGACAUCGGUGGCCUGCUCUUCUUCAUUGUGGUGCUGCAGACCGUGGCCUACUCCAUUCUGUGGGACUUCCAGUUCUUGCUGCGCAACUUUGCCCUCAUCGGAGCCCUACUGCUCGUCCUGGCCGAGGCCAGAAUAGAGGGACGCAGCCUGUUCGCCGGCGUGCCAUCGAUGGGUGAGAACAAACCCAAGAACUUCAUGCAGCUGGCCGGCCGCAUCCUGCUGGCCUUCAUGUUCAUCACCUUGAUCCGAUUCGAGCUGAGCGUGUGGCAGGUUAUCCAGGACAUCAUCGGAUCCAUUCUGAUGGUGCUGGUCGUGCUGGGCUACAAGACAAAGCUGUCCGCCCUGAUCCUGGUGGCCCUGCUCACGGUCCUGAACCUGUACCACAAUGCCUGGUGGACCAUUCCGUCCUACAAGCCACUCAGGGAUUUCUUGAAAUACGACUUUUUCCAGACCCUCUCGGUUAGGGGCCUUCUCAUGAUCGUGUCCUUGGGCCCUGGCGGCGUUUCCAUGGACGAGCACAAGAAGAAGUGGUAGAGGCCUAGCAAAGGUCGCUACUUGCACGAAACACUUUCAGCAAUUGACUUUUACCGUGUUUUACUCUUUCCGAGAAAUGUUAGUUAGGAUUUACCAUAAAAUGGGACAACAACAGGAGCAGCAUCAGCAGCACAACACCGGCACGUAUGAGAACUUGACAAUUUUAAAUAAAGGGACUUCCGCAAUACCCCUUCUCCACUGGCUCACUCAUAGGGAUCACCCAGAAACCACAACCCAAAAACCCACCCCAACACCAUCAUUCGCGCACAUUCAACGACAAACUUCGACUACAUUUAAGACAUUUUCUUUUUGUACAUAACGAGAAAGCAAGAGAAAAGUGUGGCCCCCUUUGAGCCCUUCCCAAAUGAGAGACAUAACUGAUUUUUGUAUCUACGCUACGCUUCUCAACAUCCAUAUUUUUCGCCGAUUUUUUAUAUGAUUUGUACGCUCUUAUAAAUAAGUUGUAACCUUGGUGUUUGCGUUUUGUUGUUUGCUAGAAGUUUGAAAAUGAAAACGAUGUAUAAAAUAUGAUGUACCAAUUGACAA